AUGAACUCUCAGCUGUAUCAGCCAGCAACAUUGCUGCAAUACGUGGCCAUCCUCGCAGCAAUCUAUGUGUUCUUCAAUGGCCCCUUCUCCGGCGUCUCACAGAGUCAAUCCUCGGACGAGGAGAGCUAUGAAAUGCCGCUAUCACAAGAAAAGGCCGGACAGCUCGUUUAUCCCGAUCUUGACUUGCAGUGCGGUUCUCACCCUUAUAAUGUCCAUGUCUUCUCUAGAAGCCCGCUGGUGAUAUACAUUCCCGACUUUCUAUCGAAAGCAGAGUCAGAACACAUGGUUCAGAUCAGCGAAGACAAGUGGCAGCCCUCUACAGUCUACAGCAACAAUGUCGAAGCUUCAGACACUAGUAUUCGCAAGUCUGAAAAAGCCAUGAUCGAACGUGACGGUACAGUUCAAUGUAUCGAACAACGCGCUCUAGACUUCCAAGGCUGGCCUGUAGAUACCUUCAUCGAACGCCUGUGGACACAACGAUAUACGACAUUAGGGCAUUACUCUCAUCACUACGACUGGGCCUUUGCAUCAAAAACCGCACACCGCGUCAGUACAUUCAUGGUCUACAUCGAAGCCAAUUGUACCGGAGGAGGCACGAACUUCCCGUUGCUUGUCAGACCGCAAGACAAGCGUUGGUGUGAAUUCAUCGACUGCAAGGAACCCGAGGAGAACGGUGUCACCUUCUUGCCGCGAGCAGGCGCUGCUGUGUUUUGGGAGAAUUUCGAUGUCGAUGGUAAAGGAUGGAAACAGAGUCUUCACGCCGNNGUACCAAAAGGUCAUCAGGAGGCUGUUAAGAAGCAAGCCAAUGACAAAGAUGAGCUCUAG